GUGUGUGUGUGUGGUAAAUGCUAUAUAUAUAUAUAAAUGGUAAAAUUCUCGGCUUGUAAUAACUAGUUCAGAUCACCAGAAGCAUCAUUGUUUACACAUUUUCUUACUUUUUUUUUGUUUUGUUUUUGUUUUUUUAAGAAACCAUUGCUUCAUGUGCUAUAAAGCGAUCAGGCCUCAUAAUCGAGGUAAACACCGACAGUGACCCUUGAGACUGAGACAGUGGAUGUUGUUUAAGAUGCAGUUUAUUUAUAGGUUAAGUUUGCCCAUUACCAAUAAAUGAAUCGGUCUUGAUUUCAGAGAACGAUAAAAUGAUAUUUUGAAAACAUUGUGAGCGAAAAUAAAAAAUCCAGUCCCACCGCAGGUGAGCCCACGCGAGUUUCCCCGCAAGUUCGCUUACGGGACGUCAGCUUCUGACACCCGCACGUGCACGCGCUCCCCAAGCGCCCCGCCCCUUUUUUGCACGGGAACCAUUUAAGAAAUUUCGCGGUCGAGAGUCAGUCUGCAUCCUUCUGACAAACACCAAAACCCCCAAACUCUGCAGUGAGAUGUGCUCGGAUGGAGAACGCGCGUCGCUGGGCAGCUCGGGAAACGGCAAGCUGCGCCAGUGGCUCAUCGAGCAGGUGGACACCGGUAAAUACCCGGGACUCGUGUGGGAGAACGAAGAGAAGAGCGUGUUCCGGAUCCCGUGGAAGCACGCGGGUAAACAGGACUACAACCGGGACGAGGACGCAGCGCUCUUCAAGGCUUGGGCGCUCUUCAAAGGCAAAUACCGGGAGGGCAUCGACAAACCGGACCCACCCACGUGGAAAACGCGUCUCCGUUGCGCGCUGAACAAGAGCAACGACUUCGAGGAGCUUCUGGACCGCAGUCAGCUCGACAUUUCGGACCCUUAUAAAGUUUACCGGAUCGUUCCUGAGGGCGCCAAAAAAGCCUCCAGAGCUCUAGAGGAAACGACAUCAAACCCAAGCCCGCCGAGUUAUCCACUACAUCCUUCUUAUGCGCCCCUCCAGAGUCAGGUCUGCAGCUUCAUUUCUCCAGCAGAGAGAAACUGGCGGGAUUAUCUCUCAGAAAAAAACACCAUUGCUGACAUCCCUUACAACCAAAAUCCAUACACCUCUCGGUGGGAUACAGGAUACCAGUUCAGUGGAUCCUUCUAUAGCUGCAGUGCCUCAGAACCUCUGCCGUCUGCUUUUACACUAGAUGCCAGCAUGAAGUCCGCAGAGGCCAUGGCCCUCUCAGAUUACCGGCUCCAUGUGGCAGUAUAUUUCCGGGAUGCCCUUGUGCGCGAGGUGACUGUGAGCAGUCUAGAAGGUUGUGUUCUGGGUGUGAACAAAGAUGGCUUGCCAUAUGGAGCCUCUCAAGGUCCGGAGCUUGUGGAGCUUCCACAGAUUGAACACUGCUCUCUGGAACAUGGGGUUCUGCUGUGGAUGGCACCAGAUGGGCUGUAUGCUCGCCGCUGCUGCCCCUGCAGGGUGUACUGGGAGGGAGGGCACACUUCGCCCAACAACAAACCCAACAAACUACAAAGGGAUCAGACCUGCAAAUUACUGGAUACUCAGCAGUUCAUCACAGAGUUACAGAGCUACGCUCGGCACAUACGUCCUCCACCCAUGUCCCAGGUGGUCCUGUACUUUGACGAAGACAGCACAGAGCCACAGAGACCAGGAAGGACCCUCACUGUCCAGGUGGAGCCUCUGUUUGCUCGCCAGCUCCUCUACUUCACCCACCCGAGCAGCAUGAACUACAUCCGCAGCCACAACCUUUCACCUCUGAGCCCAGAGCACACAAUUCCCCCAAGUCAGGACUUCCACAGAAUCAUCAGCCAUCACCACGGCAACAGCCUGUAAAAUUUAGCCUCACCUGGAAAGCUAGCAUUGGACAAGUUGAACUGAAGCAUGGACAAAGACGGACACAACAAAUGCACUGUUCAUGGCUCAGGCGUGACACUGACAAAGCAUCAACAUUACCAACUAUUUUCUCCGAACACACUCAAGCAGUUGGACUUGUGUUUGCAGAAUGGACAAAAUUUUUUUUGCACUUUGCAUAAGUCUUAUGAGCCCUUCGCCUUCUUUUCCUUAUAGGUUUAUAGAUCUUUAAGAUCAUCUCAGGGAACUGUAAUGAAACAGUAUUAAAAUUGUUAUGACCGAAGUCUGAUUUCAUUGUGGUUUAUAUAUAUACACACACACACACAUGUGCUUCCACAUGCCUGUGAGGCAUCUGAAAAGAGAACAGUUGAUCACUCAGGUUGUUCGAUGACAGCAUUUUCUAUCAUACAUGCUGUUAUUCUGAAGAAGAAAGGAGCAAGCAGCGUUGCUGUGUGUGAACGCAAGUGUGAGCGCACAGGAAAUGUGGUUUUGAAACAGGAUAAUGGUUGACAGACCUGCAGGUGAUGACAUCACGCAGGAUGAGGUGAAUUUUUAACAUAAAUAAGUUUUUCUGACACUAGUUUAGUCCCCAGAAAGGAAACUAUGUGUAUCUAGUCAUUAUUCCACUUGCUAACAAUAACAACUGACACAUUUGAUUUUACCAGCAGGCCUUGGGUCUAUGUUUAAAAAAAGAAAUAAAAGCAGAUCUGUUUAUGAGCCAGGUUGUUCAGUAUAUUUUGUCCUAGUUUAUUAAGUCCACCUAUUGUGUGCCUAUAUUUACUGGCUAUUUCAUCAACACCUUCCAUAUUACUGCUAUUCAGUAAGCAUAUUUCACUGAUUGUAGCCCAUAUGUUGGUUCGCAACCCCAUGCACCCCCACCUACCAAUGGCAAGGGACCAACCGUGCAUGGUUGUGUCUGCUGCACUGAUACGAAUCUAUAUGGGGCAGUACGGUUACCUGCUUACACUCACUAGCCAUUCCAUUAGACACACAUAGAUAUUUGUUCCAUGCACAGUUUGUUCCAAUUGUCUUAUAGCCCUUAAUAUGAUUAGUAUGAUAAGUUUACCUCAUAAACUUCCCCAUGGGUAAAGUUAGCUGUACCUACUAAACUGCCAAUAACGCUAAAUAGAGGGAAAUGGCAUUUUAACGGGAAAUAGUGAGAUUGAAAAGAAUACUGGUCACCAGUAAUAUUUCAGAAUGCUCAGUGCAUUAAUAGGAGAUCUGACUGUGUGUGAUCUGAAACACCUGGUCUUGUAAUGGCUGCUGCUGUUUCUUGCAUUCUUCGUGUAAACUGGAGAGAAAUCGUGUUCAAUACAGAUGAACCAUAUCCUUUAUUACUUUGACAUAAGCAAUUAUUUUACACACACAGAAUUGUUUUACCAUCUCACACUCCACCAGAAAGAAAACAUUCCCCCAUAAAACAACAGCAAAAAAAGACAAUUUAAAGCAAAAUUCAAACCAAAAACACCUCCUUAAAUCCUUUAUGGAAAACAUACAGCGCUGUAUAUUAGCUAGAUCAUAAUUCAGAAAUUACAACAUGCACUGAAAUGGUUAGGGAAUAAAUAACAAGCAUAAGUAUAUCUUGAUAUUUGAAAUCUGUAAUCUACAUCCCCUCUGUGGGGAUUACACAGAACUGUGUAAACAUGUUUGGAUCAACUUCCUUCUGCCUACGUAUAAUGGAAAGACAAAAUCAGAAAAACUUCCCUUAACACCUUAACCUACACCCACUACGCUACCUGAAACCACACAGAGCUUUGAAAAAGUCCUCCAGUAAACCGGUUCCUUUAAACAGGAGCAUGUUAAGUAGGUGAGUGCUAAUUAUAGAAAGGUAAAUAAACAAAUCAAAUUCGAAGCGUUGAGAAAAAGUGAUGGAAUGUUAUUUCACAGAACAUUUGCAGUUCCAGUAAGUACAUGUCAUAAAGACAAACAGGAAAAAGUCAACUGACUUGGCAUCAGCUUUAAGCUCAUCAAACGGCACACUUUUGUGAUCACUGG